AUCGAGAAACUUUCUUAUUGACGAUAGCCGAGCAAGAAGAAGAAACAGCUCAGCGCUGACAUUUAAUUGAAAGGGCAGGGAAAAACUUGCCGAAAAGUGAAAUAAACGCAGAAAUCUCAUUGCAGAGGAUCAAAGCAGAAGAAAACGUUGCCGAAAGUCAAAAGUGCCCCAAAUUCCCGCAAAAACGUCACCUGAGCGGCAGAGGUCAUCUUAAAAAUACAUUUUCGGGCGUGUGUACCCCCCGUGCACGAUUAACCCCCCACCCAGAUUAGCCCAGACCAACGCAAGUAGCCCCAACCAAAAAAAAUACAUCAACCAGUAGCAACCGCCCGCCUCAGCAUGAUACUGGAAAAUUCGGACAAGCUCAAGGAUUGGCUGAGCGUGGUCCUGGAGCCACUCUGCGAUGCAGACUCCUCUGCCUUGGCCCGCUAUGUCAUCGCAUUGCUUAAAAAAGACAAAUCGGAUAAGGACCUCAAACGGAUCAUGAUCGAGCAGCUGGAUGUCUUCCUGUCCGAGGAGACGACGCGCUUCGUGGAGCGCCUCUUCGAUGCCAUUGCCACCGAGGAGUACCUGACGGUGCCUGGCCCCCUGAUAGCGGCCUCCAGUGCCUCCGCCGCUGAGCUGGAUCUCGACCACGAACUAGCCCUGGCCAUUGACGGGGCCCAUGACGAUAUCGAGGCCGUGCUGGCCGCCGAUUCCCCGCCGCCGGCACCUAAAGACAAUGUGAUAAACCCAGAUAGCAAUCAGGUCACGCUGGAACAGGCAAGCCACGAUGCCAGGGAAGCCGAGGCGCUGGCCUUUAUCAGCCAGGAAGCCGGCAUUGCCUCUCACGCCUCUACAGAUGCCAAGCCAGCCUUCGAUCAGCACAAAACCAAAGAGUCCCAUAAUCCUCAGUCCGCCUCCAACUACCAACACCACCAUGUGCGCAGUGCCAGUCCACCGGGCAGAAGCAGCGGCGUUAGCGGGACAGGAGGAGUCGGCGGAGCGGGUCUGACGGCGGGCUAUGCUGACAAGGAAAACCAGCCACGCGAUAGUCGUCGGCGUCGUGCUUCCCUGCGUUCCCGAUCGCGCUCUAGGUCUCGUUCUAACGAGCGCGCCUUUCGACGCUCUAGGUCCCGCGACCGGCGAGUGAACGAGCGCGAGAAAACUCAACGCCAGUUCCGAAACAAAUCCCCGCCAGGCUCUCAGACCGACAAUCGACAUCAUGGACGGCGCAACUUUGAUCGUCGGCGCAUCGGUGGCAAUGCGGACGAACGUCCUCGAUUUGGCAACAAUAAGAGCCGGCGGUCACACAGCCGAUCCAUGUCGCCCGAGCGAAACGCGCGUCGCAACCAGAGUUCCCCGGAGCGAGUACAAGCAGCCCAAGCCAGCCAAGCUCCCGCUCCAGUGGCAGCACCUACGCCCGUAGAGCAUCCGGCUGCCCAUCCUCGCCAGCGCUGUCGUGACUUUGACGAGAAGGGCUAUUGUGUCAGGGGCGAGACCUGUCCCUGGGACCACGGCAUCAACCCGGUGGUGUUUGAGGGCAUUAACAACUCGGCCCUUAUGAUGUCCAUGCGAGAAUACAAUCCGGAUGCGCCAGAGAUAUGGGCGAGAGGUGGAGGACCUCCGCCUGGAGCUGGACAGGGACCAGUGCCCCCGCCAACGCAGCCAGGUCAGACCACCAUUAAUCCGUUCAGCGGAAAUGUGCGACCCAGCACGCUGAUGAGCGGGUCUGGUCCGAAUCCGAUGGGCGUUCCUAACCCCGCUGACUACGCGCGCAAUCCAGGUGCCCCGCCGCAGCCCGCCAUGAUGCCAUUCCCUUUCAAUCCCACUGCGGUGACCACGCCGCUUCAGCGUCAAUUGAUACCCAUACCAGUGGUUGAUGGCGCUCCCUCGGGCGGCGUAGCAGAGAUUGGAAAGCGCCGCUUCGAGCUGGAAGAUACGGUGGCCAUUGCGGAUGUGCCCACCAAACGAAAAGUGCCAAUCAACAGUCGCCUUGGCCCACGGGUUAAUCCCAACAUGCAACAACACAACAGCUCGCUGGAGCUUAGGAAGGUACCACGAGGACUGAACACCAUUGCCCACUUGAACAACCACUUUGCCAAGUUUGGAAAGAUCGUCAACAUUCAGGUAUCGUACGAGGGAGAUCCAGAGGCAGCUAUUGUGACUUUCUCUACCCAUGCGGAAGCAAAUGUGGCAUACAGGAGCACGGAGGCAGUGCUAAAUAAUAGAUUUAUCAAGGUCUUCUGGCACAACGACAGCAGUGGAGCGGACGUGGGACAGAUGAAUCAAAUGGGCGGCGGAGGAGGAGGCGGUGGGCGGAAAAACGCGAGCCAGUACCAUCUGCACAACGUUCCCGCCGUACCCACGCCCAAUGCAGAUAGUGCGAAGAUCAGCAACGCAAAUCCUCUGACCGAGGCGGGAGCGGGUAACAUUGGCACGCCUGCUGCAGAACAGGCCAGCACAGCAGCUCCUGCAUCCAUGCGUCUCAAGCUGAACACGACGCCAGCGGGCGGGGCGGCUGGACCAGGUUCAGGAGGUGCUGCAACAGGUCGUCCAAUGAAUCCGGCUGCCAAUGCCGCUAGCAUACGCAAAAAGCAGGAAGAGCAGCAAAAGGCAGUGCACCUGUUGGCUAACGGGCUGCGCAAACGCAAACAGGAAUUGCUCCAGAGCUACAUGAAGCAGAUGAAGACGGCAUUGGAACUAGUGGAGCGUAUGGACCAGCAGGAUGCCCAGAGGGCCCCCACCCUGCAAACAAUAAAAGUGCUGCAGAUGACAAUCGACAAGCUUCGCAAGGAGAUCCAGGCCGAGCAAGAUCAGCUUCAGGCUCAAAUCCUCCAGCAACAGCAGCAUCAGCAGCCGCCCGUCAAAAAGACGAAGGAGCAACAGAAGAAGGAGCUGCUGGAUAUGGAGCUGGAGCUGAUUGCCCAGCAGCAGGAGGGCAACGAUACCACGGCCAUACAGAAGCGACUGGAGGAGCUGCAGCGUAAUCUAGGCGUUGGCGGAAGACCAGCCGCAAACAACAAGUCACCUCACUUUGCGGCAGCUUCCGGAGCACCCGGUGGAGGACGCAAGCGUCCAAAUCUGCCCGAAGGACCCACGCGCGUCGAUAGGCGACCAAAGGCUAUUGUGGUCACUGGCUUUGCGGCGGAAGAGGCUGACUUUGUCCUGGGGCACUUUAAGAAUUUUGGCGAGAUUUCCAAGCAUGAUGUAGACCGUGAGAUUCCACAGUUAAUACUCUCCUAUGCGACCCGCCUUAAUGCCGAACAAGCCGUGCUCCGAGGCAAAACUUACAAAGACAAGCGCCUACAAAUUUCGUGGGCGCCCGUGGUGACACCCGCACCGGUUCCGAUGGCGGCACCGGUUGAGAAGACCAAUACACCAGCUGCCAUGGCCGCCAGCCUAGAGAACCCAAAACAGUUUAUCCAGUCCGUCAGCGAGAGCGAGAGUCUGUUGGGAAGCGACACGCUGCCGGAGCUGCGUCUGGAGGAUGAGGAGGAGGACGAGGAGUCCGAGGAUCGUUCCUGGCGCCGUUGAUGCACCGCCCUGCGCUGCUGAGGCGUCCGGGGAAGCUCCGAGUGGCUCACAAGUGUUAGGAAACCCUUAACAUGUAUUUGUUGUUAUUCUAUAUCUAACUGCGGAGUGUGUGGCAGGUGCAGGGAAAACAGGAGCACAGCGAAGCACUCUGCACACUUUCGGCAUAAUUAAACGCUCUAAAUAUUACUAAUAUUUUACUGAACAUAAGUUAUGAAUCGCAUACAAAUACGAAUGAGUUUAGCUAAGCCUAAGUCCGAAAUAACAACACUGAAACAAACUACAACUUUAAAAAGCGAAAUGCAACCAACUCCACGGCAAAACAUUGGUUAUAGAUCGUGAACUACCUUUGUAUUUACACAUUUUUCACUCUAUCCUUUUCUUACAUACAAAUAUAUAUAUAUGCAGAUAUAUAAUUGUUAAGAUUUUAUGUUGAGUUAAAACGAUAAAACACUAAAAGAAACAAAAAAAUUGCAAAAGAAAAAGUCCUCAAAAACAAGCGCAAUGAAAAGAAAAAGAAAAAAAUCGUAGCAACGUGAAUGCAAAACAGCAAGUUAUAUAGAGAGAUAUAAUAAAUAAAAUAAAUAGUUUCGUAUUUCAGGAGAAAA